AUGUAUUUGGUGUCAUGUGGGAUCGGGAGACUGGGGCUUGUUGAUUUCGAUAGAGUUGAGAUUCACAAUCUACAAAGACAGAUUAUAUACACUGAGGCAGAUUUAUCCCAAUACAAAGUCGUGGCAGCAUUAUCCUUUGCCAGAAGAGCAAACUCUUGUAUUGAGGUUGUGGGAUAUAACGAAUUCCUCAAUAAGGAAAAUGUGGAAAGAAUCAUUAGCCCGUAUGACGUUAUCCUGGAUUGCACAGAUAGCAUACAUACAAGGUAUCUUCUAAGCGAUCAUUGUAAGGCUCUUUCCAAAAGUCUUAUCUGUGGAUCUGUACUCAGAUGGGAAGGCCAGUUGUACAAACUCACGCCUUCUGGACCUUGCUACAGAUGCCUCUUUCCAAACAUGAAAGGAAGAACACUGACAUGUGAGGAUGCAGGUGUUGUAGGGCCUGUUUGCGGAGUUAUUGGGUCUUUGCAAGCCUUGGAAGCUAUCAAGAUCAUUACAGGAGAUACAAGGCCCAAGAUGACUAUAUACAAUGGAAUGACAUCCGAUCUCAUGGACUUCCAGCUUAGGGCCCCGAAGCCCGAUUGCAGGGUUUGUUCAAGAAGAUCCAUCCCCGAGGAUCUUUCCUUUCAGGUUCCAAGAUGCCCGCAUAUUGCAAACACCGAGCUAAUUGAUCCAAAUAUAGGAACGAUUGAUUGGGAGAAUGUUUUAAAAAACCUCAAAUCCUAUCUUCUUAUAGACAUCAGAUCGCCAGUUCAGUAUGAAAUGUUCAGAGUAAAGGGAUCUGUCAACAUCCCACUUGUGAACCUGGAAGACAAAGUUAGAACAAUUGAGACGGGGGGAAAAAGAGUAGGAGUAGUGUGCAGAAGAGGAAUAUCAUCAAAGAAGGGUGCCUUGAUAUUCAAAGCUAAUGGGAUUGAUGCUUUCUCUGUUAAUGGAGGGAUUGACGGGCUUAAGAGUUACCUUAGAAAGAUGAAUGAACCGACCAUUUCUGAAUAA